AUGGGCCAUUGGAACAUGGGGCCGCAGGUCCUGGACAUCGGCUGGAUCACGAAGCUGCGAGCCGCGGGGCUCUCCAACCAGCCGGCCCAGCUGGACCUCGGCGCCAGCACUUGGCCACGCUGGCCCGUGCACCUGGCCCUUGUUCAGCUACCGGCAGACAGCUGGCAGCGGGUCUUCAACGAGCCGAAGCCUAUGCCCAAGGAGGCAGCCCUCCCUGGCUGUGCACCGGUCGGCGGCGACGCGGGCUUGCAGGGCAUCUGGGGCCCCCCCCCCAUGGGCAUCGAGACCGAGAUCUUGGCCAGGAGGGCCCUCGUGGGGGAGGAGCACGGGCGCGCAGCGGGCAGGGGCGCAGGGGGUGCCGCCGAGCUCGUUUGGCGCAAGAUCUCUGAGAUCUCCUGGCGGGCCCCGCGCAAGAGGCACGCGCGACCCCCCCAGGCGCAAGCUUGGGCAGCGGCGACGCAGUGGGCUCUCUACCUCCCGGGCCAGCACGGCCGUCUCACCAAGGCGCUGCACGCGCUCCGUAGCGAGCCCACGGCCAAGAUGCGCCGCCCCAGCCCGCUGUUGGAGAAGCGCCUGGCCGCCGGGGGCGCAGCCGUCGCCGCGGUGCACGACCUCCUGCAGAGGGUGGAGGACUAUGGCCACUGGGCCCGCCUGCCUGUCUGGGCCCGAGCGCCCUUCCAGAGAGGCGGCGACGCGUUCCAGGGCGACGACUGGGACAAGAGCCUCAAGAGCAUCGUGGUCGAAGGGAAGAAGAAGGAGAAGCUGGACUCGCAGGUGGCCCAGGCGCGCUGGAAGGGUUGGACCGACCAGGCCUUCACUGGAGGCGCAGGGGCCGCGCGCGCCACCUCAAAGGCCCCCGCCUGCCAGGAGGUAGCGCAGGCCUGUGAUGGGGGCGACGGGGAUGCCAUCGUCGAGCGCGAGCUGCGACCCUGGGAGGACAUCUGGAACUACCACGGCCUCAAGCAGAUGCGCCUGCCCGUGGACGCAGGCGUCUGGGAUCACCUUGCCCCGCUCGAGCGACGCGCCGUGCGAGACGUGAUCCGCUCCUUCCAGUGGAGCACGGGAGUCGGGCAGUCGGGCAUCCCGCCCAGGGCACUGGGGGGCAUCUCGGACGAGGCCGUCGACGCGAUGAUUGCGGUCUUCCACAAGUGUGAGGACUUGAUGCAGUGGCCGAGCAGCCGCCUGGUCAAUGUCAUGGCUUGGGAGCAGGCGCACCCCUCGGACCUCACAUGGGGCGCGGGGCCUAGGCGCUCCAGCUCCGGCCCGGCGUGCGACCUCAACCUGGCCAAGGAGCAGGCCAAGUUGGCGGGCUGGGACUCGGCGGAGGCGGCCCUCGACCUCUGGAAGGCGUACGAGAUGGUGGCGCCAGAGGCGCAGAUGCAGGAGGCCCGCGCGAUUGAGCUCCCGCUGCGCCUCACCUGGAUGCUGCUGUCCACCGACCGCUAG